GUGCUUUUAUUUCAUUAAAAACAAAACCCUUUACGUUAAUGUCAACAUUCUAUAUAUAAAUGGUGUACGUCUUAAGAGUUAUAUUGGCAUAUGUUUUUUUCUUCUUCUUUUUUAUAUAAUAAUAAAGCAAAGUAGCCAUAAAUCGUGUAACAUAAAUAACUUUUUUACAAACUCUUUUUCUCAUCUCGGCAUUUAAGGCCUAUGUGGAUCAUCACAGCUAGUGAACACAUAUUUAAUCUUUAUUUGUGAACAUUUAAAGGACGGAAAACGAUACUUUCCACAUCCAUAAAUCAUUCUUGUAUGGAAUAUUUAGUAAAUUAACGGGAUUAACAAAAUUGUUCAAUAAGAACCCUUAAUAAACAAAUUCACGUGUUGUUUGGUAUGGACAUUGAGUAGUUACUACAGUUUACACAACCUACAAUGGAGAGUCGGAUACGAGAGUCGAUACAUGCAUUUAAAGGCGAGUCGGCUUGGAGUCCUAUGCCUGAGCACUUAUUGUUCACACAGGUGGACAAGGAAAAGUCGCCGACGCCCAUCGCUACGGAUGGGGAACAGAUCUGUGAGGAAUGUGGAAUGAAGUUCAAAUCCGAAGCGAUGCUAACUUACCAUAAAGUUGGUUUUUGUGUCGGUCCGUCGACAGAUGAACUCUUCCUGGAUGAAAUUCCAACAGAGUCAUCAAUUGUGCUUCCUGGUGAAUCUAGAGAUAUACCAACCAAUAUGGCCAAUGUAAUACAACACAGUGCUAAAAAUACCAAACUACAGUCUUCUAGCCGAGUUAUCAAACAGGAGCCGCCAAAGUUAGAAUGGUGUAUGUGCGCGCAUGGUGCAGUUGCGCCGGCGGCAAUUAAAGUAGGAUACGAUGAUAGCGACCAGACAUAUACCUAUUUAUGUGUAGCUCAGGUUGGAGAGGAGGUUAUUCCAGGUACAGUUCUGCCACCAAGGAAACAUGCUACUGUACUAUUUAGAGGUGCUGAAAUCAAAGCUACAGAUUACAGUGUUUUAACAGAUCUAGGAGGGUUAGCAACAUGGAAACGCUGCGACACAGCAGGAAGCAUACCACGUGGUGCCGUCAGGGGAGGAUAUGAUUCUGAUGAAUUGCAGUAUUUCAUUGGAAGAGGAAAAGCUCCAGAUGGUAACUGGUGUUGUGGGCAAUACCUACCACAUAAACAGCAGUGUUGUUUCGCUUGGGAAGGGAAUGAAUAUAAGACAAAAGAAUUUGAAAUUUUGUGUAAAACUACUCCAAAACAGUACUUUAGCAAAGCAGAGAUAAACGUUAAGAAGUCAACUGAUACAACUAUAGCCAAACCUAGGCAGACGACAGUUAAUAUACCUACAGAUAUCGAACAAGAUAAAACUUUAACUCAUGAUUUUACAAGGAAGCAAAAAUCCUCAACACAGAUUUCAAUGCAUACAGACAGCGUUAACAAUAUAAAUGAACAUGACACCUCGGUUAUUCUGGAAACUGGACGCCUUACAAAUAGGAACGAAUCUGCUAAAAAUCCAAAGCGACAGGAUACUGGUAUCUUAAGUCUCGGAAAACCUAGACAGAAAAGGUCAUCUGAAAUGGUUAAAUCUGGAACAGAAGUUAAAUCACAAGGAAAGAUCACGCCCACCUAUUCAAAAGAAAAUAUCUCAAAAGAAAACAGUAGAAUUGUUACUCCGAGAGAACUAACGAAGUCUCGCGCUUCAACAAGAAACGAUCACUCAAAAGAUAAAAGUAAAAAUUUUAACACGCGAGAACUGACAAAGCCUGGUGCUCUAAAAGAACAGACAGUUUCGAAAGAAAAUAGUAAAAUUGUAAAUCAGCGAGAAUUAACUAAAACUAGCGUUUCAAAAGAGCAAGUAUCCAAAGAAAAGAGUAAGAUAGUAAGUCAGAGAGAAUUAACCACGUCUGGUGCUUCAAAAGAACAGGUGUCAAAUGUAAAAGAAAAGAGUAAAAUCGUUAAUAAAAAAGAAUUAACAAUACCUGUUGUCCCAAAAGAACAGCUAUCCAAAGAGAAAAGUAAAGUUGUCAGUCAGAGAGAAUUAACCACGCCACGUACUUCAAAUGGAAACAGUGAGAUAGUUAAUAAACGAGAAUUAACCAAAUCAGGAACAAUAGUAGAUUCUAAGGACACAGACCAAAACAGACCAAACACCGGAAAUGUUACAGGCAACACUAAUUUACAGUUUUAAAGAACAGAAUCGUAAGACAGUGACACGUUUAAAUUGCUCAAUUUAUUACAUCUAAUAAAUGUAUACAUCUUCUAAUAAAUUUAUACAGAUGUAUAAAAAGGUUAAUUAAACAAAUACAUUAUUAACAGACUAUGAUAACUGAAUGGCAACAUGGUAAAGAGAUGGACAAACUAUUUGAGCACAAAUAAGUGUUUAGUUUCGCCUCAAUAUUACUCGAUAAGGUUACAUUUCUACAGUAAGCACAAAAUUCCGCAUAGCCCUUAGUUUAACUAUCUGUUCCCAUAUGGUAUUGACAGUGAACUUUGGACAGCAUUAAUAUGUAUUUUAUGUUAACAGUUAUAUACAGCUAUUUUACUUACAUUUUAACAUUCAUCUAGUAUCCUAUUGACUCACCUAUUGUCUUAUGAGUGCGAGGCUGAUAUGUCAAAGUUGAUGGCCGGCUAGUUCAAAUGCUUGAGACACAAAUUAUGGCCUUCAAAUAAUUUUAUUUCAGAUAAAGUUUUGUGGCUCAAACCAUCAAAAUCUGUUAAAUAGAUUGAUGUGCACAAUGUAAUUUUAAAUCCAUGACUCGACGUCGACAGGUUAACAUAGUCAUUGUAGGCAUAAGCUGUAUUUAUUCAUGUAAUCAUCAUAGAUAUCACCAUUUUGUAACAAUGACGUUUCAUGCAUCAUCAUUGGGCAUGUGUGUUAAAUUCAUUCAAUAACUGGAAUAGGAAAUCAUGGGUCUCUUCUGUAUUUAUUGAUCGGAUCAAAACUGAUGCACAUAUAUAUUUAGUGUAUAGACUUUGAAAAAGUGUACCAGUCAAUGCUUCAGAUCAAAUAUACAAGAUGUUGGCAUCGUAGUUUCAGCAAGGAUUAACAAUGAAUUCCUUUUGAUCCAUGUUUGAUAUACCCAUUGUAGCGUUCCAUUACGCAUUGCUGUAUAUAUAAACUAUUUUUACUCCAAGUCUAAGUAGGUUGUUUUAUCUAU